AUGUUCAAGGCAAUUAGGCGUGUUUUUACGAUGAUUCCGAGGAUCCAAUUGACUGAGAAAGAGACCAGGAUAUGCAACUUGUUGAAGGACUACACUGCGCAUUACAAUAGCUUGCACUAUGGACAGGAACCCCUGACGCUGCGGAUCACUGGUGGUUGGGUCAGAGACAAGCUGCUGGGCCAAGGUUCCCACGACCUGGACAUCGCCAUCAACAUCAUGUCCGGUGAAGAGUUUGCAACGGGAUUGAACGGUUAUCUGUUGGAGCACUUCGACAAGUACGGUGUGAAACCACAUAGCAUCCACAAGAUCGAUAAGAACCCUGAGAAGUCCAAGCACCUUGAGACCGCUACCACAAAGCUGUUUGACGUCGAGGUGGAUUUCGUCAACUUGAGGUCCGAGGAGUACACUGAGGACUCCCGGAUCCCAACUACCCAGUUUGGUACCCCUGAAGAAGACGCUCUGAGACGGGAUGCCACGCUCAAUGCGUUGUUCUACAAUAUCCAGCAGGACGCAGUAGAGGACUUUACGAAACGAGGCUGGCAAGACCUGCAGGACGGUGUGUUGCGUACACCUCUACCCGCUAGACAAACUUUUCUCGAUGACCCAUUACGUGUUUUAAGACUAAUACGAUUUGCCUCAAGGUUCAACUUCAACAUCGAAGCCGGCGUGCUGAAGGAAAUGCAUGACCCUGAGAUCAAUGAAGCUUUUAAUAAUAAGAUAUCCCGUGAGAGAAUUGGUGUGGAGAUGGAAAAGAUAUUGGUUGGCCCAAACCCUAUUUUGGGUCUGAAAUUGAUCCAGAGAACACAUUUAGAAAAUGUCAUAUUUCUAUGGCACGGGGAUCAAAGUGUUAUUGAAUACAACAGGAAGAAUUGGCCUCAAACAAAAGAUGUGGAAGAUAUUUACAAGAAGGGCAUUUUCAAUCAUCACUUGAAGAACUUCAUCCACCACUACAAGGACUUCUUAUCAAGAUAUUUGAAAUUAAGGCAGGCCAUCGAGACGAAAGACAAGUCAUUCCAGCAAAAUUUCCUGUUGGCCUCGAUUCUAAUACCUAUGGCUGAUUUGAAGAUAAUUGCUUUGCCAAAGAAGAAGCUUAACAAUACUCUACCUGUUUCCGAAAGUAUCGUCAGAGAAGGCCUGAAAUUCAAUAAGGCCUCUUCUAUAGUUGUAGCCAGAUGUGUUGAAAACAUUGCAGCCUACAACAGCAUGGUUGAAAAAUAUCUACAAUCUGGUGAUUUGAAAAGGUCAGAAGUGGGUACAUUUUUAAGAGAGCUAAGAGGAGAUUGGGAGAUUGUCCAUUACGUCUCUUUGAUGGAUCAGUACUUAAAAUAUAUAUCCCGAAAGGAUAAUGUUGUUAAUAUAAUAGACAAAUAUGACCGCUUCUGGAAUUAUAUUCAAGAGCAAAACUUACAAGACAGUGAUAAAAUGGUACCAAUCAUUGAUGGGAAACGCAUGGUUAAAAUAUUAGAAACAAAACCCGGUCCAUGGUUAGGUAAAAUAAACGAUGAGGUCAUACUGUGGCAAUUUGACCAUCCACAAGGCACUGAGCAAGAACUGAUAUCAUUUAUUAAGUCCAUCCUGCCAAAUUACCUUCAAUGA